CAUGGGGACGGGGAUGCUGACGAAGGCUUGUGAAGCUGAGAAGACAAAUUGCCCUCAUCAUUAUCUCCGGGCUUGUCAAUCAAACAUAUUCCCUUAUUUACCUCGGCGAGGAGAGAGCCCCGGGAGCACACGGAGAGGGAGGGAGUGAGAGGAGAGCUGCUUGCCCCAAACUCCGCACUGGGGAGGGAGCAUUUCCAGCCCCUCGGGAUGGCCACCAUCACCUGCAAUCGCUUCACCGAGGAGUACCAGCUCUUUGAAGAACUGGGCAAAGGUGCUUUCUCCAUCGUCCGGAGAUGCGUGAAGGUGUUGGCAGGACAAGAGUAUGCGGCCAAGAUCAUCAACACCAAGAAGCUGUCUGCUCGAGAUCACCAGAAGCUGGAACGAGAAGCCCGGAUCUGCCGCCUCCUGAAGCACCCCAACAUUGUGAGGCUCCAUGACAGCAUCUCUGAAGAGGGCCACCACUACCUGAUAUUUGACCUGGUCACCGGUGGGGAGCUGUUUGAGGACAUUGUGGCCAGGGAGUACUACAGUGAAGCAGAUGCCAGUCACUGCAUCCAGCAGAUCCUGGAGGCUGUCCUGCACUGCCACCAGAUGGGGGUGGUCCAUCGGGAUCUGAAGCCUGAGAACCUGCUGCUGGCAUCCAAGUUGAAGGGUGCUGCGGUCAAGCUGGCUGACUUCGGCCUUGCCAUCGAGGUGGAGGGGGACCAGCAAGCAUGGUUUGGUUUCGCUGGCACCCCAGGAUACCUCUCUCCUGAGGUGCUCCGGAAGGAUCCCUAUGGCAAAGCCGUGGACCUGUGGGCUUGUGGUGUCAUCCUCUACAUCCUGCUAGUCGGCUACCCACCCUUUUGGGAUGAAGACCAGCACCGACUCUACCAGCAGAUCAAGGCUGGGGCUUAUGAUUUCCCCUCUCCUGAGUGGGACACAGUCACUCCUGAAGCAAAAGAUCUCAUCAACAAGAUGUUGACCAUAAACCCGUCCAAGCGCAUCACGGCAGCGGAGGCUCUGAAGCACCCCUGGAUAUCGCACCGUGCCACCGUGGCGUCAUGCAUGCACAGGCAGGAGACGGUGGACUGUCUGAAGAAGUUCAAUGCCCGGAGGAAGCUGAAGGGAGCCAUCCUCACCACCAUGCUGGCCACCAGGAACUUCUCCGGAGGCAAAAGCGGCGGCAACAAGAAGAAUGACGGCGUGAAGAAAAGAAAGUCCAGUUCCAGCGUUCAGUUAAUGGAAUCGUCGGAGAGCACCAACACCACCAUCGAGGAUGAAGACACCAAAGUACGGAAGCAAGAAAUCAUUAAAGUCACAGAGCAGCUGAUCGAAGCAAUAAGCAAUGGCGACUUUGAGUCCUACACGAAGAUGUGUGACCCUGGGAUGACUGCCUUCGAGCCUGAGGCUCUAGGCAACCUCGUGGAAGGCCUGGAUUUCCACCGAUUCUACUUUGAAAACCUGUGGUCCCGGAACAGCAAGCCUGUGCACACAACGAUCCUGAACCCCCACAUUCACCUGAUGGGAGACGAGUCUGCCUGCAUUGCCUAUAUCCGCAUCACGCAGUACGUGGACGCGGGAGGGAUCCCCCGCACCGCCCAGUCUGAGGAGACCCGCAUCUGGCACCGCCGCGAUGGCAAAUGGCAAAUCGUCCACUUCCACAGAUCUGGCGCGCCCUCCGUCCUACCGCAGUAAGCCUCUGAAGCGCGGUCCUGCCCGUGUCGGGUUUGUCACUGACUGACUACCAAGGGGAGACCCCCUCUGACAUCUUCACCUACGGGACUUUGGCUGUUGGCUCUGCUGCUUGGUUCCCGCUGGAAUAACCCCUCGCUUCUCACCGCACACACGCAACAGCCCUGCUGGCGCCACGCAAGCAUCCCAUCGAACCCCUGCACCAUGCCGGGGCCAUGGCGCUGGGCCCCCUUCCUCUGCAUGAACCAAGAAAAGAGAAACCAUGAACCUAAACCUGAGCAUCUGGCCAGUAAGAUGACGUGUGCCAGGGUAAAGGCCUUCCUCCUCGGCUGCAUGGAGUUGAUGGGAACCCCCACUACCCAGCACGCCUCCUGAGUCGGGCUCGGGCUCGGACUCGUCAUCUGCCUCCAUCCCCACCGCUGCUGGGAGCCCCCUGAGGAAGAGGAGGGCAGGGGCCAGUUUUGAGCCGCUCUGUGCUGCACCCUCCCUGUGUGCCAGUGGAUUUUGCUUUGCUGCUAUCAAGGUCCCCAUGUGACGCCGUGGCUCCCGCCUGCUCCCGACCCGGGCUUCCGCUUCCCAGCACCUCGGCUGGGGAACCAUGAUUUAAACCAUUUGCAAAGUCCAUUUUCCAUGUGCCCCUGGGUGAGGAGGGAAGUGUUUGGAUGGGUGAGUAAAGGCUAUCUGUUUAUUUUCCCUUCCCAGGAGCGUAGGCUGGCUCCUUCCCAGGAGAGCAAGUAGGUUUGCGCCCUGGCUCUGGGCAGCUGCCAUGCUGAGAGGGAUGCUCUCCCUCCUUCUUCCCUUCUCCCUUUGGAGCAGGGACUGGUGAAGCUGGGAGAAGAGAGGAGGAGAAAGACGACUGCUUCCCAGAACCGCAUCGGCACAGCCGGGAGCUGGGGCUCUCCCAGCCAUGCCAUGGCGGUAGCAUCACUCCCACACCCUCCUCCCCACCCGCCACCCAGCCUGGAUCCUUUACCCCAGCCCCCAGCCCCACUGAGCACUCACCCCUGCCCCUCGCAUGUGCCCCCUGGCACUCCCCUGCGCCUGACUCCUGGGCUGGGACGGGGACAGCCGAGCUGGCUGCCGGGUCGGGGCGCAAACCUCCAUUGCCCACACGACUCCUUCCAGCGACGACGAGGAAUGCAACUUUAGUAACAAAACUGCAGAAUCUGAUCGUGCUUCAAAGAAAACAAACAAGCCUUUAGCUGUCUUCUACUUUGAGCGCAUGCCUUUUUAUAGGAAAAGAAAACAACCUACUGUGUAUUUCGUAACUUGAUUUUGAGUAUUUGCUGAAAUGGAUCUUUAUGUAAUAACUAGAAACAUUCAACUGUUUAGGGCGGGAAGGGUCAGGGGAUUUUGGGGGGUUGCUGUUUUUUGUUGCGUUUACAUUUGGAGAGGGGUUGUGCCGCCACGAUGCCCCUACCAGGAGUCCCAUGGCUGCCAGCCCCCACCCCACGCUGCAGCGGCUCAUCCCAUCCCAUCCCACAGCACCGGGUGGGCAAAGGCACCCACCUCCAGCAGCACCCUCCUCCCCGGGGCACCUUCCUACACCCCAUGGGUCUUCCUGCAGGGCAAACCCAGGUGGUGGCUCUUGGGGAGCCACCAGGACGUGGCUUUCAGGACAGAAGACAUGGCCGGGAAGGGGAAUUUUGGUCUCACCUCUUUGUCGUCAGGUAGAGGUCCAAGGGCGGGUUUUUUUCCGGCCAUUCUGUUUCUUGUUCUCUUUUUUCUGACUGGAACCUCUUUGCUCAUUGACGUGAGACUCCUGCAGUGCUGCUGCCCCAGGGGACUUCCUAGCUCCACUCUCUUCAUCUGCAUGGCGUUUAACUUCCUAGACGGUGCGUGUGUUGAAAAACAAAGAAAUUAACAAAAAACUGCUUGUUUUGGACAUAAGAAAAAAAAAAAAAAAAGGAAAAAAAAAGGAAAUGUUUUCUCCAUGUAAAUUCUGAGUGUGUAUUUUGCCUUUUCUGUGGUUUUGAAUGCUUUGCUCUCUGUUGAGGCAGGGACAGCUGCUGUAUGAAACGCAGCUGCAUCCUUGCAAGACUGCAAAAAUAUUUUCCCACUGGAUGGAGGGGAAGAAAUCCGAACUGCUGGGGCAUGAACAGGCCCUAAGAGGUGUUUUGGUGUGUCCUGCUGCGCCGACGGUGCAAUGGUUGCUGGCAAUGUGUGUAGGAGACGCCUUUUUUUAGGCAAAUCACUCAGGUGCUCCAUGGGUGUAGUGGUGUGUCCCCGUGCCCUUGGUGGACCUGUGCUGUUUGACUGUGGAGCUGCAUUGGCUUGCAAGAGAUGCCCCCAAAGCAGGGUAAUCCAUGCAGGGAGAGGAUUAGCUUUUAAGGUAGAGUUUGGGUGUUUUUACAGAUCUGUUUUUCUUCCUGUAAUCUUUUAGUGCUGGGUUUGUUUGGGUUUUUUUUUCAUUUUUAAAGGAAGGACUCAGCUCUUUCACAGUUCUCUCUCUCCCUCUCCAGAGCUGGCCGUGAAGCCAGCCACAGUGAGUGUCUCACCCACCUCCUGAUGCCCAGGCUCUCCGGGCUCCAGGAGUAUUUUUGGCAAUCAGUAUGAAAUGGAUGAGGAUAGAGGAGGUCAUGGCAGGGCUCUGUGUGGGAGCUGUAGGGCAGAUGCCUUUUCAGCCUGGUUUUGGAGCUCCUGAUAUCUGUGGACCUCAGGUGGGCUGUGAGGGUGAAGCUGCUCCAGCAGCUGCUACUAGAGAAAGGAACUAGGACAGGGGUUGUGGUGAGGUUUGCCAGGGAUGAUGGAUGAGAUACUGGUGUAGAUACCAUCUCCUUUCACUGAGAGCCCACUUUGGGCAGUUGCUGCUAAGGAGGAAUGUCUUGGUUUCCAGGAAGGCUUUGAGGUGUCUUCUUGGAGGUAGUUUAUCCUCCUCGAGUUUUUCCUACGAUCAUCUCUCCAGGGACAGGUUCCUCUGGAGGCAGCUGGAUGUCCUUGCAACACCUAAAAUGCUCCCAAUCCUUUCCAAGGGAAGCAGAGUCUGGGGUUUCAACUCCUCCUAGUCUUCCAGUCAAGCUGAAGGCUGACCAAGGAAGACCCAACUUCCCAACCUGCCCAAGCUGGCAGCAUUAAGCACCUGCACUUUAGGGGUCUGUCCUGCCCGGUUUCUCUUCCCCACCUUGCCCUGCUUCUCCAGAGCAGGUUCCUGUAUCCCCAGAGCAUCUCUGAGCAAGCACUGAUAUACCACCACCCUUUCUUUCAGUAGCCAUGGUGAACAGCUUCUGUCUCUGUCUUCCUUCACAUUUUCUGAUUUCUCCUAAGCUUGCAGGAAAACUAAAAGCACCCGGUCAUCAACUGCCUCCAUCCUUCUUUGGCUCACAGAGCCAGGGAUGCUGCAGUUACAUCUGUACUUUUAAGUUGUUGGCACCAUCCCUGGCACAUGCUAACUGUCAUCACCCCAACAAUCCCACCAUGGUUCUGGGGAUGACAAGGUCCAGGGCAUGUUCCCAAUAAGCAAUAUGGACAAGGCCACCUUGUUGAGAUGGAGUUUACCACCUCGGACCUCCUGUCCCCAUCGGCCUCGAGACUGGAGAUCAGGCUGUGGCACAUUUCAUUCCCUAAUACAGGCAGAGCCCAAGUCACGUGGUCGCCUGGCCGUCUGGGUCAAACCACACUCAGAAAUCCUCCAAACUGAUCAUCUCUUCCACCUCUCACAGACCACAGGGGAUAUCCGAGUGGAAGCAAUUGCUGUGGUGGUCUAAGGGUCCCAGCUCCACAGGUGGGCUUGGAAGUCACCUGUUUUCCCUUCCUGGCUGCCAGGGUCCAGCUGCAACAUCAUCAUUUCUCAGGUCUUGCUGGUGUGUCCGCUCUGGAAGAAGAGGCCACACCUGGGCGUCUGCUCUUUGCUGCAGGAGUGGGCACUCUGCUCCUUACCCUGGCCAGGCACAGCCAGGAGAGCUAUCUUUCCCACCCACCCCAAGUAAAUGCCCCCUCUGCCAGGCACUGGACCCUUGUCUGACCCCAAACCUGCCUCCCCUCCAUAAGCUGAUGCCCUCAUGGAGCCCCAGAGGUUGCAGCAGGUACCAGCAGCCAUCUGGUCCCACUUUGAGCUCACGUUCUGCUCGGCAGCCCAUGGUGCGAUCACUGAGGAGGACCAGCAAACAACCGUGCCGUGUUUGAGAGGGCAGCCACAUCACAGCCCCGUGGACCAAGAGGUGUCUGUCAGCAGAAGAUCCCAUAACCAUCUCCUCUGAUCAUCCCAGGAGCCGGGCUGACCAUUCUUCCCCACCGCAGGACACAUCUCAUGGUGUGCACCACUCUCUUGAUGUAACAACCAUCCUCCUGCCAGCAGGAUAGAGACCUUACCAUUAUCCAUUUCGAAAGGUGCAGGUCCAAGCCCACCCAUACCAGACAGGAAAACCCAGAUGUGAACAGGCUGUGGAAACACCAGAGGAGGGGCUGGUGGCCCCUCCACCACCUGUCCUUGAAGGCCACCCACCGGCUCCCCAUCCCUUGGCUGAAUGUCCUUCCCGCCUGCAGGUCACUAGGGAGUGGGAGAGGAGGCCAUGGUGGGGGCUGUAGUGAGCGGCUUCUUCCUUCUUUGGGUUGUUGUCCCUUUUUUCUAACCGUUGCACAAUUUUAGGGCUUUUGUAACAUUUUUUGGACAAGCAGGGAUAAUAUGUUAACAGUGGUUUAAGAAAAAAACGAGAUAACUCUCUCAUAUAUUAUAUAUAUAAAAAAUUAUAUAUACUUACAAGAAAUCUCUAUGGAAAUAUUUAUUUAAGUUGAUUGCAAAAAAUAUAUUAUAAUUAAGAGCAUACCAAGCUUUGUCACAUAACAGAAAAUGAGGCCCCGGGGAGGGGAAGCUGCCUGUCCCCUCGUGUCUGUCAGUCUGUAUGGUUGCAGCUGAAGCCUUUCUCUUAUCUUUUUGUAAGUGCACUCAAACUGUUGAGCAGUGUGACCGUGUUGGAUUCAGUGGGAGCUUGACGGGGGCGGGGCGGGGGGGGGGGGAGGGAUUGGUUUUGUUUCCUUUUCCUUUGUUUUUUUGGAACCUGUGGCUGUGAACAGAAUGAUCACUGCUCAAAUCGGAUGCUCUAUUUGGGGAGGGCGGCGGGGGGACCGGGCGUGGGGUGGGUGCGGGAGGGAGGGCGAGUGUCAGUUUUAUUCUUGGUGUUCAAGUGCAAUAAAUAGCUACCAACUUCUGAGCAUGGAAA